CUUAUCACUUCUGAUAUCUUUACUACUCGUAUCACUACCUAGAUCUUAUUAAAAUACCAAAGCCUACUCCAGACUGGCAUUCGCUCUCGUGGAAAAUCUCUCGAAAACGGCCUCAACCACAUACAUACUCCGUGCAAAAGCCACUCAGAUUUAAAUCCCCACCACACUCCACGAUGAGGAUGCCAGAAUCUCCUCUCCGCGUCGGGAUAAUCGGGGUUGGCAACCUCGCCCAAAACACCUUCAUCCCGACCCUCCAAUCCCUCAACCACCAAUACACCCUAACAUCUAUCUGCGACAUCGACCCUCAAACCCUCAACUUCGUCCAAACGCAUCACAAGAUCCCCAAAGCCACCACUAUCCCACACGAGCUCAUCCACGACCCAGACCUCGAUCUCAUCUUCAUCCUCACCCCGGAUGAAUAUCAUGAAACAUACUCCAUCGCGACCUUACAGGCGGGAAAGCAUGUUUUCGUGGAAACGCCACUUACAUUUAGUAUUCAGAGUGCGCAGCGCAUUCUGGCUGCGGAGAGACAGACGGAAACAGUACCAGGGAAUGGGAUGGGGAAGAAAGUAUUCGUAGGAUAUGCACGACGGUUUGCGCCUAGUUAUGUUGAGUCGUUUAAGAGAGAAGUCGAUAGUAUUGAGCGGAUCAUGCAUGUUCGAUGUUGGGAUUUCGUCGGACAGAUUUAUUAUACUCAGAGAGCAGCAGCAGCAGCAGCAGCAGCAGCAGCAGCAGCAUCGUCUUCUUCUUCCUCUACCCUUGCGACGGGUCCGGAACCUCCCUCCGGGAGGGAGGAAGGAGUCGUGGAACUUUUCCAUACGUUGCUCCAAGAGACGUUUAUUUACCAGGACGUUACUCCGGAACGGGUCUCGAUGUGUCGAUUCCUCUGCUCAUUGGGAUGUCAUGAUCUAUCAUUAAUAAGGGAGUUGUUCGGUCUACCUGAUGCAGUCGUGGGGGUUACUGUUAAUGAUCCAUUUUACUCGGCUUCGCUCUACUAUCAUGAUAGUCACGAGCGGGUCUUUCCCGUGGUGUAUGAGUCUGGAGUGGACUCUAUCCCGCGGCAAGAUGCAUGUCUCGUCGUUCAUGGGUCGAACAAGACAGUGAGCAUUGAGUAUAAGUCGCCGAAUUUGGUACAGGUCGUUGUCGACGAGGUCAAGAAUGAUGGACAGGUGAGGAAGAGAGAAGUGGUGAGCAGCGGUACUGAGCAGGAUGCAUAUGUGGAAGAACUCAAGGCUCUUUAUGCGUCGGUGGUAGAUGGAAAGCCGGUGAAGACGAGUGUGCAGGAUGCGAUUAAGGAUUUGAGGGUGUCGAGGAUGAUAUUUGAGCAGCACGAUAGGCAGUGUGGGACGAUUCGGACACCACUUGGUUGAAAGGGUUGAUUGCUAGGCGUUUUCUUAGCUGGGGUUAUGUUUGCCGUGGUGUUUAAUUUGGCUGUUACUUGGGGGUUAUAUUGGAUCGAGAUUGAGUAUGAUGAAAUGAUAGUAAUGUAAUGCUAAUAUAGUUCUAUCAAACACGAUUUCCAGCAUGUCAUGAACUAUAUACAGCUACGCCAGGAAC